UAUUCUAGACAGCAUUGCCGUAGUUUUAGUGCUGUUACGGCUAAAACAUUCCAUUGUAGAUGGCCCUUUACUGUUACGGUUAUGUCAAUUCAUGUGUGAGGGUCUUAAACGUAGUCACUAACGUGCAUUAAUCAAGUGCAGCAAAAACGAACAAACGGCGUCUUUUUCGAUCUCUUUUUUCGAUUCCUAAGUAAAGAAUCGAUUCUCAAAAAAAUCGAAUAGUGAAGAAUCGAUUAAAAAAAUCGAUUUUUUGGUAGAAAAAAUCGAUCUUUUGAUAAAUCGAAUCGGAAUCGAACAUCCCUAACAGAAACCGGAUCAGCCUAUGCUAUCGUAGUGAGCUUUCAGGACAUGUACUUUUUAUUACGUCUUAAAGACACAUCUUAGCUGUCAUGGCUAAAUUUUCGAAAUAUUUAACAACGCAGAUUUAAACAUAACAGAAAACUACUAUCUUCACGCAAUCUCAAAAAAAUAUAAAGACAAAAAAGAUCCAAAUAGCAAACAAUUCAGAUAUUAUUAUAAUUAAAGGAUAACCAGAUUCUUAUAAAGAAAGAAAGGAAAAAUGGAUAAGCGUCUAUUAGCAGCAAAAGAACGAAGAAAGAAAUAUAAAUGUAUUAAAGCAGCUGUCAGAAAAGAUAUGCAUAUCUUAUUCAAUAACUUACAAAGCAAACGUUUCAAAUAUAGUGAAAAGCAAGGCAGUAAAAAAAAAUAUAGAAAAAGAACAAGAAAGAAAUAGAGAACACAGUAAAUCUAUACAAAAUGAGGACAUCAGCAUCUCGCAGCCUGAAGAAAGUAAUUAUGUUGCACAAGACAGUAACAUUACUAGUUCAAAUGAAGAACUUAGUGAAAUAUAUACAGAUAUUUCUGAUUUAAAUGACAUAGUGCAUAUACAACAAAAAGAAAGUAAAUAUCACGAAGCAAAGAAAAUUAAAAUUAUUGAAGAUUAUAAAGUAAAAGAUAUUAACGACAUACGCAAAUGGGCUAUAAAAUGUAAUAUAAAUCAAAAUCAUUUAGACGAACUUUUAAAUAUUUUACGUCGUAAUAGUUAUCCUAAUUUGCCCAUGUGUGCAAAAACGUUCUUAUUAACUAAUCAAGCGUCUUAUAAUAUACGAGUAAUGAAUGGAAUAGAUGCGACAGCCGGUGAAUUUGUUUAUUUUGGGCUAGAAAAAUUAUUUUGUGAAUAUUUUCUUCCUGACUUUCAUUCUUCGUCAAAUAUUUAUUUACAAUUUAAUAUUGAUGGAAUGACAUUAUUUAAUUCUAGUUCUAAACAGUUUUGGCCUAUUCUAUGCAAAAUAAUUUGUAAAUCUAAUAUAUACAGUCCAUUCUGCGUGGCAGUUUAUAGUGGAAAUAGCAAACCUGCAAAUAAUUACGACUUUUUCCAAGAAUUUAUACAAGAAAUUAAUAUGUUAAUGUCGAAUGAAUUAAUAAUUAAUGGAAAAAGGUUUAAAUUAAAAAUUCAUAGUUUUAUCUGUGAUAUACCAGCACGGAAGUUUUUGAAAUCAAUUGUAGGCCAUGGUGGGUACGGUGCUUGUGAACGAUGCGAAAUAUAUGGUAUUAGCGUUUCUGGAAAGAAAAAUUCUAAAAAGGUAUAUCCACGCGAUAAAUAUUGUGAAAAAAGAACAAAUGUAUCAUUUCGUAAUCAAUGUCAAUCAUGUCAUCAUAUAGGACAGUCACCAUUACUGAACAUUGAACCACCAAUAGACAUGAUAAAAUCUUUUCCGCUUGAUUACAUGCAUUUAGCUUGCUUAGGAAUAAUGAAGAAAUUAUAUUUGGAUAUUUGGUAUUUUGGUCAUACAGAUAAAAAAUUAAAACCAUCUUAUCGUUGCAUAUUAGAUAAAAGAAUUAACUAUAUAAAACAAUGGACACCAUGUGAAUUCCAACGUAAGCCUCGUAAACCAGUCGCUCAAUUAAAAGCAUCAGAAUUAAGCAAAUUUAUUUUAUUAUAUAUUGGUCCCAUAUUAUUCAAAAAUAUUCUUGAUGAUCAGAUAUAUAAACAUUAUUGUUUAUUACAUGCUGCUUUCAGAAUAAUGUGCAGCUCACGUUUUCUUCAUUUAUUUAUUAAUAAAGCUCGAAAAUAUUUAGAUAGCUUUUUUGACAUAAUGCCACUUCUUUAUGGUAAUACUUCUCUCAGUAUUAAUGUACAUAAUUUAAUUCAUAUUGUUGAUGAUGUAGAAUAUUUUAAUUGCACACUAGAUAACAUAUCAGCUUUCCCAUUUGAAAGUAUGUUAGGUAAAAUAAGAAAAAUGAUUCGAACAGGUAAUCAUCCUUUAUCACAGGUGUGCCGACGUCUUUAUGAAAUUAAUAGUAUUUCAAAAUCAUAUCCAACUUCUACUCAAAUAUCAAUUUUAAAACAGAAAUAUAAUUGCAAUAAUAAACCCAUUAUACUCAAAGUAAAUUAUAAAGGAUUAACGUUAAGUAUUAAAAAACCUAAUAAUAUUGUAUUAUUAAAAAAUGAUUUAAUAUUACAAAUAACUGAUAUCCUGUGCAAUUUAAUACAAAAUGAUUCGUAUGAAAUUAAAGGAUAUGUUUGGCAAAAAAUGAGAUGUACGUACACGUACCCACUAGCAUCAAAUAAUUUACAAGAAUGGAAAUUAGCGCCAAAAAUAUCUUCUAGAAUAAUUUCGUGUAAUAUACAUGAUAUUUACAGUAAAAUUAUUGUUAUUCCAAAAGUGUAUAUAAAAAAUAACCAAGAAGUCGAGGAAUUUUAUGCUUCAGCAUUAUUACAUGCCGAAGAAGAUUAAUUGCAUAUUUGUACACUGAAAAAAAUACUAGAUUCAAAUAAAUAUUUCUUUGAAUAGUGCUAUAUAUUUUAUAGAAAAUCAAUAAUAUUUAUUUAAAACAAGUACUAGUUUUCUAUAAUUUAGAAAAUAUU